AUGGUCUCUCUCCAGCUGGCACCACUGGUUCGACCAACUCUCCGGUCAGCUCGAGGCUGCUCACAACGACCACUUGCACAACGAUGUCUCACCACAACCCACGCCCGUGCCGCGGAAAUCUCGUCUGAGGCGGCCACCUCGUCGACUCCCGCCGCUGACCCGUCUGCGCAGGGUUCUCGCGAUGCUCCCGCCGCAGAGACCUACAAGCAGUUUUUGGAGAGGAUUGCAUAUAGGUAUCGGGAGGCGCAGCCAUUGAAUUGGUUGUCGGAGACGCCUUUCCCCAUGAACCCUUCCUUCCGCCCACCACCGCCUAUCUCUGAUCUGCAACGAGAGACCAUGUACAGGGAAUAUAUGUCAGACCCGGUCAAGAACAACGUUCGAAUGUUGUCACAGAAGUAUGGUUUGAGCAUCAAGCGUGUUGACGCGAUUCUUAGAUUGAAGGGUCAUGAGCGCGCUUGGACUAAGGGCAAGCAGCUGCAAACUGGAUUCCAAGCCGGCAUGGAGUUACUCCUCAGAGCAACAACACACAAAGCCGCCAGCCAAGCUGAUCGCCGUUAUGAUGUCCAUGAAGCUGAUAUUCUCGAACAAGACGAGAAUCGUGACGCAAUGCGACAGCGAUAUCAGCGAGCAUACUGGGAGUCUGUGCCGGAGGGUAGCUCGGAACCUAUCGUUCCCCGUUCCUUGGAGCACGCACGCGAGAAGGCUAAGGACUGGGCUCGAAAGGCUGAGGAAUUCAAGAGCAUUCCUCAAUUGCUGCAGCGUGUUCCUGAUACACCAUGGAUGAAGCGACCGACUGAGAAGGUGAUCCUCCGUGAGCGCGAAGGACGACCUUCACUGCGCUUCAUCGACGUUGGUACUAAGUUCAUGGACGUCGAUCAGCGCGUCAAGCAGCUCGCGAGAGCUGGCCGUGCGGUGACCCGUCGCCGUGCUGCUGCCACUGCUGCUCGCGAACAGUGGAAAGCCGAGCGUGCUAAGGCAACCGCCUAA